AUGUAUCCAUCAACCAUCUCCUCAUCGACAACUACAACAGAAGCAUCCUUACGCGCAGCUGAGACGACGCAACACGCUGACAGCGCUGCACCCAGUACUGCCAUCACCAACAAUAGUGCGCCUGCGCCACCAUUAGCAAUGCCAAUAACAACAAUAGAGCCAAUUAUUACAACUGAACCAACAACUGCGCCCACAAGCGAGUACAGCAGCGAGCGACAGGCCAAAGAACAUAUUGCGCCGCAUGAUGCGGGCGUUGAGACGCAUCAAACGAUAACAACUACAACAACAAGUGCGACACCAGGCACAAAGGAAGACGUUAUACUGCCGCAUGUAUUGGCCGAGCAUGCGCAACACAUUAUCGAGGUGGACAAAGCAGAGCACAAUCACAAUCCGCCGCAUAUGCACUUAACACCCUACGACGCGGAACACAUACAGCAUAUACAUGGACAUCAUGGACACGAGCACGAGGAUGAGCACGAUCACGCGCAUGAGCACGAUCACACGCAUGAGCACGCCGACGAUGUAGCGCACCUCGAUCACAUGCACGAGCACAAUGGCGACGAAGAACACUCGACGGAGCAUGUGAUCUCCUCGACCGCAAAUGACAUUUUCGCUGAGAGCAAGGAACCAAGUAAACCACUCGACAGUCCUUUUUUGGAGAGCAAUGCGCAUGCGGAGGGUGUGAAUGACACACAUGGCGGAGAGAAGAUCGUGCACACACCCGCUGAGGUGCUGAUCAACCAGAUCUCACAUGAAUUUGAAGAGGAUGACAAAGAUUUGAACAAUUUUCGGCAUCCGGCAACGCUGAUUACUGCCAGCAAUAGUGACGAAUCGAUGAUGUCCGCCAUGAUGGCGGCAGCAAUGAAGGAAAAUGAAAGAGAUGCAACAGCGGCGGGGGGUGAGCCAGCAGCGCGGCAUGAAGAAGAUCCCUACCACGCGCACAUACUCUCCGAGCAGCACGAUCGUUUGGCCGAACAGGAAGAUUUCAAACUGAUCGCGGAGGACUUAAAUAGUUCGACAGAGUCGCAUUUAGAGACGACAACGCAGAAAGGCAGCGAAGUGGCAAAAAAAGUCGAAGCAAACGCAGAAGAUAAUUUGGCUGUUGUAGUACCAGCGAUUGCUAUGAUCACUACAACAAAUACAACAAAUGAAGAACGUGGACGUGCAAUGAAUAUAGUCGAAGUCGAGCAGCAUAGAGCCGAAGAAGCGCCUGUUGUGACAACAACGCCGCCAUCAAGCGCGAUUAAAGAACCAGUUGUGGUGCCGAUCGUCGAAGGACAGCUACAGCACCAACACACUGACAAUCAUAUGCACGUAGAUGAUCACACGACCACUGAAAUCACAACCACAACAAAAUCAGAAGUCAACAACAACAAGAACAACAACAACAGCGAGGCGACACUUAAAAGCGACGAAGAUUCGUCAUCAACACCAUACCCACAACAUUUUUACUAUCAUGGCGAGGGUCGAUCUGUGGGCGAUAGCAUAUCGGCGGAGAAUGACGAUGUACCAUUGAACUAUCAAUACCACAAUUUUGUGACCACAGAACGCGACGGCAACAACAACAACAAAAGUGUUGUACAUAAGAGCGGCGCUUUGUUGGAUUUAAGCGAUAUUAACAUGGAUGAAGACGAUCAAAUGGAUGUGACGCAUAAUACGCACGAACAAAAGCAACAACAAGAGCAACAACAACAGGAGAAGCAAUUUGUAGAGCACAAUCACAAUAACCAUAGUGCGAAUGAAGGCGAAGAACAACAACUGAAGAUUACCGAGGUUACGAAGGCAGCAGUGGGUGCGGCCGCAGCGGCUAUGCUGCAAGACUGCACUGGCAGUGAUGAGAAGAUGUACAAGAAUGGCGAAACAAUGAAUCGCGGCUGUGAUGAGCGUUGCACGUGUAAUCGUGGCGAAUGGAUUUGUGUACCACGUUGCAUGGGCAACACUUUCAAACUGGUUGGAGGUGCUCCGCAUAUGGAUUUGGAUGCGCAAGCGCAUUGCCGACAAAUGGCCGUCGAUGAAUGUUGCGCGACUAUGGAAUGCGGUCUGAUGCACACAAUUGGCUCCCCGGAAGGUGGUGUGAAUGCUUCCUCACAAACGCCUCGUCCCGACUGCCACCACAACGGCAGCGUUUACAAAUUCCGUGAACGUUUGGAGAUCGGCUGCGAACAGAUCUGUCACUGCGAUGAAGGCGGUGUGAUGAAUUGCAAACCACGUUGUCGGGAGCGCAAUCACACGCGCCUCGAUAAGUGUGUGUAUGUGAAAGAUCCCAAGGACGUAUGCUGCCAACUGGAAUUGUGCGAUGUCACACUCGACGAUCACGAACAGACAGCAUCCCCACCUACAGCGCAAAACUCGAUUGGCGACGAGCAAUAUGGCCCCGAGGAAGCGCGCGAUCUCUCCGGUGGACACGAGCAGCUCGAUUGCGAAUACAAGGGACAACAUUACCGCGAUGGUCAACAAUUUCACGAUGGCUGCGAACAGCUAUGCAUUUGCACGCUCGAAGGUGUACACUGUGCCAAGCUGCAAUGUCCGUCAACUUUCGGUUUGGAUUUGCUCAAUCCACAUUGCUUGCGCUGGGAACCGGAGCCAGCUGAUUUUGAAGCCAAGGCACCGAAUUGCUGUCCGGAGAAGAUGCGUUGUGUGGAUAACGGCACCUGCGCUUACUUGGAUCACACAUUCGACAACUGGUCACCCAUACCGACCAAUCUUACUGGUUGUGAGCAGCAUUGCUAUUGUGAGAACGGUAAAGUUGAAUGUCGGCCAGCUUGUCCGCCCGUGCUUGCCUUGCCGCCGCCCGAUUUGCCCUGCCAUCCGGCGCAGGCACGUAUUCUGCCCAUUCCCGACGAUGAGUGCUGUAAACACUGGGCCUGCGCGCAAUUUGCGCCCAAACUGAGUGGCGGUGAUGGUGUUGAGGCUUCCACUGCGUUGCCACCACCAAUGCAUGGAAUUAAUGAUUUAAGCGCAUCCACCACCGAGCAACCGAACACCACCGGCAGCAGUACAGCGCACGUCUCCAGCGAUAAAAAUGAUAUUUACCCAGGCAAAGCGCACGAGAAACCCGCACGACCUGGCGACGCCUUCUACCCAACCCUCGAUGGCAAACCGCCAAAGGGCGCCUCAGCAUUUGGUGAACUGCGGCCCGAGAAACACGACAAACAUGAAAAGUUCGUAAAGAAGCCAGUCAUUGUGAAGCCGCAACAGAAUGAAGUCAAAUACGACGUACACGAGCCGCAAGAUGAGCAAGACACCGCGCCACCGGGCUUUAUACCCAUACAGAUUGGCAGACCUGGCGGCGCCAUUGUUAAUUACAAUCCCCACCUGCCGCCAGCUGGCCACCCCGGCCCAUACGGCUUCUACAAUCCCGCACAGCCACCAAAGGAUCAUUUCGACCCCUACAAUCCUUACGAACCCUACGAUAUUAGUCCAAACGGCAUCGCACAGGGUAAGCCGCCUGCGCCAACUAGUCAAUCAGAUUUGUUCAACAUCUUGGGUGCUGGUUCACCGGCCGCGCACCCACCAGGCAUGCUACCAGCGGGCGGACCACCUGGACCAGCACCAGGCUUCAAAGCCACACCCGGAAAUUUGCCUCCACACGUGCGCAUCGAACACAUUCUACAACACUUGCAGCACACGCCCGUGCAGGGUGCCUACAAUGGGCCGCAUGGACAUGUGAAUGAGAGUGGCGCCAAUGGACUGCCACCACCACAACAGCAGCUACCACACCCACUACAGCCGGGUCAAUCACCAUUGCAUCAACAAUAUGUGCCAAUUGUGCAUAGCGGUCUGCCGCCACCACCGCCACCGCACGGUAUAGCGAUUGUUGAUGGUCAGCCGGUGGCUUAUGGCGGUUUCCCCGUAGUACCAGGUCUCGGGCAGCCUGCUCAUGUGCCACAUGCAGCACAUUCGGCGAAUGUGAAUAGCAAUAACAAUAGUAAUUUAUUGCAACAUCAGCCGCAGCCGGCGUCGCCGCCGCAGGAGCAAUCGGCGAGUAGUUCAAACACAUUUGCAGCGACUACGAGCGCGGUGGGUCUAACCGCGCAUUCUACCGAACAUGGCAUACUGCCUGCUGUUGUCGCCCCAGCUUCUACGCAUUCCAGUCAAACAGGCUUCAACAAUCUGCAAAGCGGCAUUGAGGUACUCAAUCUGGAAGCCAUUGAUCCGCGCACCAUUCGCAUAAUAUUUACAGUACCCCCAACCUAUGUCAAUCUACAUGGGCGCGUGGAGCUGCGUUACACGAACGGCCCUGGCAACGAUACCACAACGUGGGAGCAACAAAUUUUCGCACCACCCGAAGAUCUUAUUGCCACCUCUCAGAUGGAAUUCGAUCUGCCCGGCUUGGAACCCAAUUCACUGUACAAGGUCAAGAUUACACUGAUAUUGCGUGAUCUGAAUGCACAACCGUCGAGUCCGAUACUGACUGUUAGUACGCCAGCUGAUCGUACGAUUACACCACCACCACAUAUCUCUGAUUAUCGUCCCGACUUCAAGGACGUCUUUAAACGUAUUGAAGAUCCCGAAUUGAAUGUUAGCGAAACAAACUCUACUUGGUUGCAGCUGACGUGGAAGAAGAUCUCCGAUGAACAGUUGGAAUAUGUUGAUGGCAUACAGUUGCGUUACAAAGAAUUGACUGGUCAAAUAUACUCAUCCACACCGCUGGUACAUCGCACGCUCACCACUUACACUAUUGAGAAUUUGCAGCCAGAUACUGGCUAUGAAAUUGGUCUAUUCUAUAUACCGCUGGCUGGGCAUGGUGGUGAACUCUUGGCCGGUCAUAUGAUUAAGGUGCGCACAGCGCCGAAAGUGGAUGUAUACAACUUCGAUGUAACGGUUAAUGUGACCAAGGUGAAGUCGCAGAGCGUAGAAGUGUCAUGGAAUGGUGUGCCAUAUCCGGAAGAUAAAUAUGUGAAUAUUUAUCGUGCUAUCUAUCAGAGCGAUGCUGGCAAGGAGGAUUCGAGCGUAUUCAAAGUGGCCAAACGUGAUAGCACUACGGGCACAUUGAUUAUGGAUUUGAAACCAGGCACUAGGUAUCAUCUGUGGUUGGAAAUGUAUCUGACAAAUGGCAAUAUCAAAAAGAGCAAUGUGGUGAACUUCAUGACGAAGCCAGGUGGCCCAGCGACGCCAGGAAAAACUGGAAAACUACUCACAGCCAGUGCUGGUGGUGAUCAACCAAUUGGUGAUUACUAUGGUCCACUUGUGGUUGUUUCGGUAGUUGCUGCUUUGGCAGUCAUGUCCACAGUUGUGCUGUUACUCAUUCUAACCAGAAGACGUGUACAUCAAACGGCGUCGAUAACGCCACCACGCAAAAAUGAUGCCGCCUAUGACAAUCCCUCGUACAAGGUGGAAAUACAACAGGAGACAAUGAAUCUGUAGCAUUUCUAAGCUGCCGAGGCGUGCGUGACGGGAUGCAACGCCUCAACAGGCCUGGAAGCCUAAACAAACGAAUCCUAGUUGCAUUAGAAAUUAGGAACGCUCUCUUAUUUUUUCCAGUUAAUUUUUUUUUUUUUGCUUUAAAAAGUUUUAAUUUUAUUUUAUGUUUUUAAUUAUAUACGCUACUAUUGUAAAUAUUUUUGCAUUCAGUUGCACUGAAUCCAUAUUUUGCCUUCUUCAUAUUUUGUCGUCAAUGAAUUGAUUAACCCUUAUGUGAAACAAGCUACUUUUUUGUGUUUCUAUGGAUAUUCGAAUGUAAACAGUGCCAACAAUAUAGAAUAUUGAGAAGAACUUUUUUCUGUUUUGGCAUGCACUUGACUAAAUAGAUGUUGUAAUUUUGUAAGAAGUAUGUAUAUGAAGUACUUAACGGUUGUAGUACUGUGCAUAGAUAUUAGAAGAAAUAAAAAAAAAAUAAAACAUAUUUUCGAUAAAAGCCAUUGCAAAAGAAAAUUUUAAGUAGUUACUUUAAAGAAAAAUUAAACUCAGUUUAUUUUUUCCUAGAUUUAGGUGUCAAAUGUAUGUAUAAUUUUUUAAUAAAUGUAAGAUUUUUUUUGCUUUCACGUUUUUCUUGCUUUUAAUCAUGAUUCAAGGGCAAUUCGCUUGUAAAUAGAUAGUAAAUAAUAGAGACUUACAAAUCAGAACGUUUUUGGCGUAAAAUGAAUUAAAACAUGGACUAAAUAUUUGCACAUGCAUAGCUGUAAUUUACCGCCAAAAGUUAGCAAAAGCUUAAUUUUUUAAAUCUUUUAGCUACAGAGACACGUUUGUAUAAAUUUUUAUUGGAAUUUAACUUGUUGAAAACAUUUUAAUUUUUUUUUUGUAAUUACAAAAAUAACCGUCAGCAUCAACAACUUUACCAAAUAAUGUUAAUAAGAAGUAGCAACAAUUUUUCACUACAAUUUUAUAAUUGUACACUAUUUCAGUAAACUGUUUUUAAUGUUCCGAAAUUGA